AUGGUCGGCGGUGGUCCAGACGCAUUCAUAGGAGCGGUUCAUCGAAAGGCUGCAGCGCUCGACGGGGAAAUCGACCUUGUCGCUGGAGCGUUCUCUGCAUCACCUGAAAAAUCGCAGCAACAGGGGGCUGAGUUGUUACUUGACCCUAACCGCGUAUACGACUCAUAUCAGGAGAUGGCGGAAAAAGAGAGUGCCUUGCCAGAAGGGGAGCGUAUCGACUUCGUGUCCAUUGUGACGCCAAACCACGUUCAUUUUGAGGUCGCUAAAACAUUCAUCGAAGCAGGAUUUCAUGUCGUUUGCGAUAAACCGAUGACAACGACGCUAGAAGAUGCGGAAGCACUUUGCGGGUUAGUGAAGCAGCACGAUGCGGUCUUUGUGUUGACGCAUAACUACACCGGUUAUCCGAUGGUAAAGCAAGCCCGUGAGUUGGUAUCACAGGGACUGCUCGGAUCGGUUCGGAAAAUUGUUGUUGAAUAUCCACAGGGAUGGCUCGCAACAUUCUUGGAGGGCGAAGGUGCAAAGCAGGCAGUUUGGCGGACAGACCCAAGCCAAGCGGGGGUUUCAUCCUGUAUCGGGGACAUUGGAUCACAUGCAGAAAAUCUCGCUCACUACAUUACUGGCUUAGAGUUAGAGGAGAUCUGUGCGGACUUGACUACCUUCGUUGAGGGUAGACAGUUAGAAGAUGAUGGGAAUAUCCUAGUCCACUAUAAAGGCGGCGCACGGGGAGUGCUGUACGCCUCGCAGAUCUCAGUCGGUGAAGAGAAUAAUCUUCGUAUCCGUGUCUAUGUCGGGAUUAAGUUCGGGCUUGAAGUCCAUCCGACCGAGAUUGCCUUCGACAUCGUGAGUUCGGAGCGCGCCAUCGAAGCAGUCAAUGGACGUGAAACGUUUGGGUUCAACUACGAUCCAAGCCAUCUUGGUUAUCAAGGUGUUGAUUACGUCGCAUUUAUCGAGCGGUUUAGCGAUCGCAUCUACCACGCCCACAUGAAGGAUGUGUGGUGGUCGUCGACACCGCGUCUCUCUGGUGUCUUUGGUGGACACCUGAAUUUCGGCGAUGCCCGGCGGUAUUGGGAUUUCCGGUCAAUCGGUCGCGGCAACAUCGAUUUUGAAGAAAUCAUCCGUGCGCUCAAUAAUAUUGAAUAUGAUGGACCUCUCUCCAUCGAAUGGGAGGACAGCGGCAUGGAUCGGGAGCACGGCGCACGGGAAGCGUGUGCCCAAGUCAAAAGCUACGACUUUGAGCCCUCCGCUCGCGCGUUUGAUUCGGCGUUUGAAGAGUAG